CUCGGGAAGCCAGGGUUAACGUUGUGUUUAAAAAUCUCACGACUGAGGAAGGGAAGGUUGCUCAUGCUUGCUUGCUUGCUGCUUCGAAUUCGUUUGAAAUUCAAUCUGUUGCCGCUUUCUCGUACCUUCUCUUUCUUCUUCUCUGCCUACUUCCUCUCACCACAUCUUGCGUCUUUUAUUACGGUAAAUUUCCACGCUUGAGUUGCCAUGUCCAAUCGACAGUUUUCAUCAGCAUCAAGGAAGAAGAAGCACAAGGAGCGGCCACAUCCAUUGCGGGAUCUCAACGACGUCGCCAUCAACGCUUCUUCUUCUUCUUCUUCUUCCUCUGCUUCUUCAGUUUCCUCGUUUAUGUCUAUUGAGGCCCCCAGAGCCAGAGGUUGUCUUCGCUUCUUCCUUUCGAAUUCUUCUUCGGCUUCAAAAAUUCCUCCUCAUCCCCAUAGAAGGAGACGCGCCGGCACAAGUCUUCCCAAGGCUACCGCCACCAAGCCCAAAUCAGCCCCCUUAAAUGCUGGCAACCAUCCAAAACUACCCUCCUCCUGCUCUUCCUUUUCCAGAUCUAAUAAUACCAACAAGCCUCUCAAAGAAAACCUACCAAAACCCACUUCACAAAAACCUCCUUGUCUCUAUCAGUCGCAGUACGGAGGGAAGAAGGUUACAUCAAACCCUGCCCCAACCGCAAAGCCUCUCUCUGUGGGUCUUACGAUUCAUUCGGCAUCUGGAUCUCAACGGCAGCAGCAGCAAUGUUCGCUGACGACCAUGGAUGGCAUAUCAGUUGAGCCCUCAAGUCCCCUAAAUUUACCUGGUUUGAGCACUGUUGCUGACAAUUCUACUUUCACUACGUUAGCAUCCUGUGAUUCUGCUUUGGGAUGUGAAUUUGGCGAUAAUCUUGUGGAAGAAGUCUCUACUACUGCAAUCCCUGCCGCUGCUGCUGCUGCAAGUACUACAACACCUCCUGCUCAGGCCUCUGUGUCUCCAGAGAUUCAAGGUGGGUCAUCUAUUCUGCUUUCAUCUGCGGCAACUCCUGCUUGUUAUGGUGCUGGGCAUAUUGUUUCUGGGGUGAACGACAGGAGGAAAUGCAGAGCCAGGGGCAUUCUUACAGUAGGUAAAUUUAACUCCGGCUGUGGUAAAGAAAACAUUUUUGACAAUGGCGACGAUGUAGAAAUUCUCAGUAAAUCUAGGACCUCUUUGGUUCCUCUUCCAGCUGAAGCUUCAAUGCGUUGGCUGUGUGAUGAGAAUCCAAAGAUUGAUCCUGGAAAUGGGUUGUCAAACUGUAUCAAAAAAUCGUUAGGCUCUGUGACUCAGCAUUCUCUACCUUCGCCUUCAUCAGGUCAUGGAAUUUCUUCAGGCGUAGGCGACGUUUUUGAGUAUAGUAACAUCACUAGUUCCAGCGCAAGUAGCAGGGGGAGGACUAGGAUAACUUUGCUUUCCCCUGGUGGAAACCCCGCAUCUCGAGGUCUUUCCGGGGCAUCAUUCAAUGAAAUGGCAGGCUGUUCAAUGCCUGUUUCCCCCCAUGCUACCCCUACUAGUGAUGCACAAAAGCAUAGAGAACAUAGAUAUCGUCUUUCCGGGAAAAGCCCUCUAUUCUCUUUUGGCUCCUUGGAUAGUGAUAAUGUUAUUCGAACUCCACAGUCUGAUGUGACUUCAGGUGGACGGGUUAUACUGUCUUCAUCAGAUGCACAUGAUCAUCAAAAACAUGAUUUUGGAUCUGAAAUUGAUUCGUUGGUUAAGGUUCUUUUAAGGGCAUCCUUAUCUCCACAGUCCCAUUUAUCAAUAUGGGAUACACCUGGUUCAGGUUUUCAGUUGCCAAGCUUGAAUUUACCUUCCAAUUCCAUAGACCUUCCCAAGUUUCCAGGUGCUUGGGAUCACAGUACUUCAUGUAUUUCUAGUUCUACUUUUGAGGAAAUGUCACGGUCUCAGGUGAGAGUUUCGUGGAGGGAUGGACUGGCAAGUCGGAUAUUUGAGAUGGAUGAGUUCGAUUGCUGCAGAUAUUUUUCAGAUGACGAGAACAAUCCUAAUGAAUGCAGUAAUGGCAAUUUCAAAGCCAGUCCGAAUCAUGAGCUUGCUUUAAAGUCGGGAACCAUUUUAAAUUUUAGCAAUGGUUUCUGCUCUCCUGAAACUGUUGGCCAUGAAAAAACAUAUGAUGGAGAAUUAAAAGAGAAGUUUCCACCACAGAGAUCCAAUCUGUGUGCAGAGUCCAUAUGCAUUGAUGGUGGACUAGUUGCUUCAGGGGAUUCAGAUUGGACCUUGUGCUACAAAAACCAGUUGUUUGAACUGUAACCGUCGCCUGCUCAUUUGUUUGAUCAUAUUGCUUCCAGAGUAAGUUUGCCUUCAAGUCAACAUGAUUUCUUCCCUGUAUGACUGUCUCGAACAACCCUUACAUUAUUUUCUUUUACUGACCUUGUACCAAGCAUCUGGAUUUAGCUUUAUUUUGUUAUUGUGAAAUGCAUAGGUAACAACAAUGUUCAAAGGAUACUGUGCGAGAGAGAGAGAGAGAGAGAGUGUGUGUGUGUGUGUGUGAGAGAGAGAGAGAGAGAGAGAGAAGGGAAUGCUAUAUGCAACACCAU